AUGGACGGCGGCGAAGCGGGCGGCGGUGGCGGCGGGCUCCUGCAGCAGAUCCUCAGCCUUCGCCUCGUGCCCCGCGUGGGCAAUGGCACCACCACCUACUCCAGCCCGCUCUCCACCUUCCCAGAGAUGUGGUACGGCGUCUUCCUGUGGGCAGUCGUCUCUUCCCUUGCCUUCCACGUCCCGGCCGCGCUGCUUGCCCUCUUCACGCUCCGGCACCACAAGUACGGCAGGUUCAUGUCCGUGAGCGUGCUGCUGAUGGGCAUCGUGGGACCCAUCACCGCCGGCACCCUCACAAGUGCUGCCAUUGCUGGAGUUUACAGAGCUGCGGGGAAAAAAAUGAUUCCCUUUGAGGCGCUCAUUUUUGGCGUGGGCCAGACGUUCUGUGUGGUGGUGGUUUCCUUCCUGCGCAUUCUGGCCACUCUGUAGCUCCUCUGGAGAGGCUGGAGAACACAAACCAGAGGGGGAGCACAGGACCCGCUGCCUCAGAACAAAUCACAGGGAGCACAGCUCCAGCCUUGUGUUUCUUCUGCUGAUUUAAGGAAUUGGGACGGCUCGCUCUUGCCUCCAGCCUGGCUCGAAAUUUUAAAAUGGUGAAUUUUGUUACUUUUUGGUAACAUUAAGUGCCAAGUGAAACUUUAUUUCUCUGGAGGGUAGGAAAAUGGCUCCAGAGGAGGAGACCUGGGUACCUGUCACCAGUGAUGAAUUGUAGUAACAGGACAUGACUGAAAUGGGACACCAGCUGUGCUGGGGUAGGAACAGGACCAGAGUGACAUCGUGUCCCCAGAGCUCACUCACCACUUUAUUGCUUGGUUUUCAGUGAACCUGAAGCUCUUUUAAUGUCAGUUUUUAAAUUAAAAAAUUGUUUUCUUCCUGGCCCAAACUUCUUAAUACCAGGUGAUAGCCUGUAGGGGGGCAGUAGAAUGUAAUCUUACCCCUCCAUGAGUUGCAGCUGGGAUCAAUUACUAGAAAUUAAGAACACCUGUAACUAAUGAGAGCAAGUGCCAUAAAAGGGUGUAGCAAGAAGAGGAGUCAGAUGGCUGCUGCAAGGAUCCAGAGGAGUCAGUGCUCAGAGGAGCUGCUCCAUGAGAAGCACUAAGAAGGUAUGAAGCUUAGAAGCUAUGGGAUCCUUGCAGCUUAAGGAUAAUAGAACUGUUGCAGUGCACUGUUCUAAUAUGCAAGGCAACAAUAGCCAUAGUGGAUUUGGGAGCAGCAAAAGGAAAACUCAUUUUAGAUGGAUGAUAGUGCAGAUUUGUGUCUGGGAGCUCUGGCUGUGAAUGCUGUGCAGGGAAAAUGACUGGUGUAAAAAAGAUUUUGUGAAUUUUAUUACAGCAAAGCCCUUCUGGCCCUGUGAAUGUUUUGCUCAGAGGCAAAGCAGAGUGGAAUGGGCACUCCAGAAAUCCCAGGUGUGCAUGUGGGUGUGCACAGCUCUCCUCAGGCUUUGAAGGAGACUUGUGUUUCCAAAGGACCCUGUUCUCCUUUGACUUGCUGAGGCUGUUCAUGUUGGUGUGCUGGAGCUGGGUGUCUGCACUGAUCUGGAAGUGGCACUUUUAUCCAGCUUGGAUAAAAUCCCUGCUGCUGCUGAGAGCUGCCUGGCCAGGCUGGGCUGUGACUGGGUGUCCCCAGUGCAGGGACUGUGCCACGUUUUCAGCAUCCAGCCCACAGUGUGCCAGGGCUGGGAGAGCUGCAGGGCUCCUGGCAGGAGCCUGGGUGAUUCCUGUGUCCAUGUGAACACAAAUCAACCCUUCUCCACAGGCAGCACUGUCUCCUCAUGAAUUGUUUUAGUUUGUUUUGCUUUUAAGUGACUUUUAACUAACUGGUAGCUCUGCAUUGUGCCCAGAGUUGUGCUGCAUGGCUGGGGCACUUGAGCAGCUCACUGGGUGCUUCCUGGGGCUUGGUUCUUUGGGGAAGCUGAGGUUGAAUUCCAGGGAUGUGGCUGGGCAGUGCAGCCACCCCUAGGGGUUUGCUGUGCUGUGUUUGUACCCAGCUCACACGGGUGGGCUGCAGAGGGGAAGCACUGUUUGUGUCCAGUCUUUAGGGGACAGUUCCCAUCUGUGUCUUCAUUGAAUUCCUGUGGUUUCCAAAUCAGUUCCUUUUGUAUGUGCAGUAUUUUCUAGGGCCAUUUAUCUACCAUGUCCUCAGUGCUGGAAUGACUGGAGGUGGCACUUAGUGCCAUGGUCUGGAUGACAAGGUGUGACCAGUCAAAGGUUGGACUGGAUCUUAGAGAGCUUUUCUAAACUAAAUUGAUUCUGUGACCCUUCAACAGGGCACUGUGUUUAUCAGGGAAAAGGGUUUCUCUGUGCACUGACUCCUCAAGAGUGGUCUGUCAAUGGUGGGACGUGUUUUGCAGGAGCUACUAAUUGAGAUUACUCUAAAUUUUAGCCUAUGGUAAUUCAGGGAAUAUAGAUGCACAGUUUAGGAAAUAAUUUAAUGUGAAUCCUUCUCCUUAGGUGGGGGAGGUCCAAGUGGUGUAACUUAUACUAAACCCUGGAUCUGUGGAGAACCCUGUGUGCUGUGCUGCUUGUAGAGAGCCAGUCUUCCUGCCAGGGCAGAAACAAUGAAAAAGAAGGAAUAAGCUUUCUUUCUUUCUUUUCCCCCUUCCCACUUCAUAUUUCAGCAUGUGUACAGAGUGCACAGUUUAAUUUGCAGGUGUUAUCCUGUGUUUUCCUGGAUGGAUUAAAAGUAUGUCAUGGAAUUUGAAAUGUCAUGGAAUUUGAAUAGGGUGGGUCUGGUUUUACCUUUCAGGUGACACCAGACACCAAUGUCCUGAGCAGCUGCUGUGCUCUCCUUCACCCUGCACUGGUGCCUGGCACCCUCAAUAGCCAUUAAGCUGAUUGCAACUGAGAAAGCACUUUAUCCAUGUGCCCCAUGCUACAGCAAGAGGAGGUUUCCUUGCAGGAACAGGGCUGAGGGGUGCAGGACACAAAUGGGGCUGUUACAGAGCUCAGAACAAGUGAAAAUUGCUCAGUAAAGUCACUCAGUGCUGGAUGAACUGAAAACCUCCCAUUUUCUAUCCCUUGGGAUCUCUGAGAGUCUCGUUUGAGGAGGUUCUGGCUUACUUGAAGAGUUGGCAGCUUGACCGUGUUUGGAGCUGGCAAUGUCUCUCUAUGCCUGGAUGCUGUGAAAUUUUCAGGGAAUUCUUGCAUAAAAGGUGAACAAUCAGCUGAUUUGUCUUGACACAUAAGCACAGGAGGCAAGUUCUUUGUGUCACCUUGGAGAGAGCAUCCUGCGCUCUGCUGGCUGCUGCUGGUAAUCUCCCCCUCCAGUAAAACCAGAGCUAAACAGAAAGGAGGAGUAGCCUUGAGCUGAAGCACCAGAUGGCAGUUGAAGCACUGGUGGCGGUUUCCUCCCCUCAUGGGUUUGGCCUUCCCUUUCCAUUCCUUUAUUCCAAGUGAGGCAUAUGGAGGAAUCCCUUCGUUUUCUUCAGGUAUUGACAGACUUUGCUCAGUCAAACUUGCCAAAAACUGCAAAGAGCUGGCAAAAACAUCAACACUGAGGUGUCCUGGGCUCAGCAGUGCUGUGAGCCUCUGCUGGGGAGCCCAACCAGUGUGCUGGUCAAGGAAACACCUUCUGGAGAAGCUGCCUGCCCUGGAGGAACACCCACUUAUGCUGAGGCUCCCUGUGUGUGACAUCCCCUCUGCCCCCACCCAGCUUCCUCGUGCUCACAACUGCAGCUGUCAUGAACAAAUCUUUGUAUGAUUGAAAAGUCUGUACAUUUUAUUUUUCUACUGACACGCCUAAUCCUGGUGGUGAUUAUCAGUAAAUUCUGUAAC